AUGAAUGGAACCUGUCCUGUAUGUCGGUAUUCAUUAGUCAGUCAGGACAAUAAUGAACAAAAUGGUAAUGAUGGUACUGGUUCAUCAGGUAACAGUAACAGUAGAUUCAGGCCACCAGCCUCAACAUAUCGAUUCAGUUCCAAUUCUUCUUUGCCUGGAGCAUAUCCAGAAAACCAGCAGAAUAAUGGGCAGAAUCGUCAAGGUGAUUCGUGUGAUCAUAUGGAUUUGGAUCAAGAACCUGUUGAUUAA